AUGCCCGUCGCCUGGAGGUACCUCCUGCUGCUCUCAGUCAUGCUCGCGCUGGCCUCUGCGACGUACCACGCGGUGGAGGGGCCUUUCCGGUCUUGGCGGCCCAAGGCCCACUGGCACGCGUUCGCCAUGCUGCUGCCCGCCGCUGUCGUCUUGGCGGGCUGCAUGCUCGCACUUCGCGGCCCGCUGUUCGGCAAGCUGAGCGUGUCGGCAGGAAACUCAGAGGUCCCUUCCGCAACCAUGGCCUCGACCUCGAGCAGCCCAGGGGAACACGUCCACCUCGAGCAGCUCGCCCCCGCGAGCCAUGACCUGGCUUUAACAGCUUGCGCGUGCGGCAGGGUUCCUGAAUUCACGCAUGCGCCAGCGACUGCAAACGAUGGCAGGGAUGGUCAGCCGUCUUGCUUGGACAUGAGCGGUGGCUCUGAGCUGAACAAGAGCUGCUGGGCCGUCUAUCAUCGUUGCAGCGGCGAUGAAUGGUGCGACAAUGCGUGCGAGUCUCCAGGGAAAAACUGCACGCAGGAGAAGCGCAUGGACGAAGCCUUGAUCGAGCUCUUCGACAGAAAGAAGCGGCAGUGCUUAUCGCCAGCGACAGGAGCACAGAGGAAGCCCACGAUCUUCUUAUUGGGUGACUCGCACGCGCUCUUCUUCAAGCAUGCUCUGACGCAAGCAGUGAGGUCGGCGGAUUUGAUGUGCGUUCGUGGGCGAGCGUCCACUUCAUCGAUGGCUUUUGGGACUCCAAUCUUGAUCCCCAGAGAGGAUAUCCAAGUAAAAGGUAUCAUACCGAGCUUCGGGAGCUGA